AUGGCCUGUACAUCUCAUGUCAGAAAGCUUGCUUUUAUUUUCAGGCUUCUUUUCGUCAUCUCUUUGGUCUUACAAGUCAUCCACUUGGGAAAUGGUUUUGAUCAAAAAGAGAAACCCAAAAACAACGGAGGAGAACACAUCAAUACAACAGUCCAAAAGCAACAGCCCCUAAACCACCACACUACUUUGAAUAUCAUCAGUGAGCUGAACAGGAGUUCUGAGAGCCCAAAACAGCUCCGUUCUGGGCCAUUUAUACCUUUUAUUGGGUUUAGAGAUGGUACCAAACACUGCUGUCAAAAUGGAGGGACCUGUAUCCUGGGCAGUUUUUGUGUAUGUCCAAUGUACUUUGUUGGGAGAUACUGUGAACAUGAUGAACGAAAAAGCAACUGUGGUGUCUUUGCCCAUGGAGACUGGGUCUACAAGGGCUGCUACCUCUGUAGAUGUAUUUAUGGGAAGCUUCACUGUUUCAGAGACCCAACAUUAAACAACUGUGAUUUAAGUCUUACAACCAUGGUCAACAUGGCAGCCACAAGUAAAUGUCUGAUUUAUCCUGGUAAGGCCGAGGUGAUUCCCUGGUGCUCUGGAAUGGGACUGCUAAUGCCCACCUCAUCGCUUCCUGUUUCCUCUGUGACUUAA